AUUACAGAUCUGACGACUCUUCUCUCUUUAUUAUCUUCUUCUCAAAAAAAAAAAAAACCUUUGCUCUCUCCUCUCUGCUUUAGCCCAAAAGUUCUAAGAUGGCGGGGAAAGGUGGUAAAGGAUUGCUAGCAGGAAAGACAACAGCAGCUGCAGCAGCAGCAGCUAACAAGGAGAAAGACAAGAAAAGGCCAGUUUCUAGGUCAUCUCGAGCAGGUCUUCAGUUUCCAGUGGGUAGAAUUCACCGUCAACUCAAGUCCAGAACUGCAGCCCAUGGAAGAGUUGGAGCUACAGCAGCUGUUUACUCUGCUGCGAUUCUGGAAUACCUAACAGCAGAAGUUCUUGAAUUGGCUGGUAAUGCUAGCAAGGAUCUGAAGGUGAAGAGGAUCACACCGAGGCAUUUGCAGCUGGCCAUUCGUGGAGAUGAGGAACUUGACACCCUUAUUAAAGGGACCAUUGCUGGUGGUGGUGUCAUCCCUCACAUUCACAAAUCACUCAUAAACAAAACCACCAAGGAGUGAAAUGCUCAUAUGCUUUUAACUUUGUUGUCUCUUUGACUUAAAUGACAGUUUGGUGUUAGCAUGUUUUCUCUGUUAUCUGGUUUGAUAUUAGUAGUCUUGUAUUUUGAUUUAGGAACAAUUUCAGCUUCUCAGUCAUGUUUGAUGGAGUAAAACUUGUAGGGAUGUAGUGGACAAUGGAAAUGUUAAUUUGACAUUUAUAUUGUGUUGCUAU